GCGUGCGGGGGAGGGAGAGUCAUAUGACCCGCACGGCUUCCUGGCCCGGCUGCCGCCGCCGCCCGCGUUCGCUGUCGCGCCGGGGCCCGAGGAGCCGUUGGGGGGUCCGGGCCGAGGCCCGCUCGCGUGGAAGCCGCCGCCGCCGUCCGCCCGCCCGCGCGUCCGCCCCGCGUCCCGGCCGCCAUCAUGCUGGCGCUCAUCUCCCGCCUGCUGGACUGGUUCCGCUCGCUCUUCUGGAAGGAGGAGAUGGAGCUGACGCUCGUGGGGCUGCAGUACUCGGGCAAGACCACCUUCGUCAAUGUCAUCGCGUCGGGCCAGUUCAGCGAGGACAUGAUCCCCACGGUGGGCUUCAACAUGCGGAAGGUGACCAAGGGCAACGUCACGAUAAAGAUCUGGGACAUCGGAGGGCAGCCGCGGUUCCGGAGCAUGUGGGAGCGGUACUGCCGGGGCGUCAACGCCAUCGUGUACAUGAUAGAUGCUGCAGAUCGUGAAAAGAUAGAACCCUCUCGAAACGAGCUACAUAAUCUUCUAGAUAAACCGCAGUUACAAGGAAUUCCCGUGCUCGUCCUGGGAAACAAGAGGGAUCUCCCCAACGCCUUGGAUGAGAAACAGCUCAUUGAAAAAAUGAACCUGUCUGCCAUUCAGGACAGAGAGAUCUGCUGCUACUCGAUUUCGUGCAAAGAAAAGGAUAAUAUAGAUAUCACACUUCAGUGGCUUAUUCAACACUCAAAAUCUAGAAGAAGCUGAAAAGCAUCUCCUGAAGUCUUCCAGUCCUUCCUGGCUAUAAUCCUAGAAUUAUUGUCCGUUCCUCUGAAGUACUUCCCAGAACACGGUCCUUCCUAAACCCAAGAAAUUGCCUUUUCCCGAGUUUGUUUCUCAUGUGCACUGCUGAAGACGUGUGUCUCUAACCCUUCAUACAGAACCCAGAGUCUGCCCGCGUCGUCAUGGUCAAGUCCGCACACAGAGCCGCCCGCACACGCGCGUCUCUCUCCGUGUGUGGAGCUUUUUAAAAACAUACUUUUGACCAUCUCAAAUCAAGAAAAUUGCAUAUUUCUGUUCUGGUCUUUCUGGGCCAGGUUUUUAUAUUGGUUUUUGGUAAGCGUCUAUCUACGAUAUUUCAUUAUAGAGUCUAGUAGCUUAACACUGGUCCCGACCUGAUACAGCAUGGAGUUUCUAGCACCACACGCGGCGUUUGGGAAGCCCGUGGCCGAGUCGCGGCGGGUAUAGGCGCGGCGUUUGCAUCGCCCACCCGUGCACGCGGGAUGUCUAACUGGGCACCUUAGCAGCUUCAGAAAUGGCCGCGCGGUGCGAGCGGGGGCACCAGGUCAGAGCUGCUGGCUCCUUGCGCGGGUGCAGUCCCACGUGGUGGGGUUUACAACGUUCUGCUUCCUGAGACCUCCAGCCCCCCCCGCCAGGGAGCAGCGGGGCCACGCGGGGGCCUGAGGAAGGCAUGCUGUUUGUAUCUGCCCAGAUCAUCACUUCUCUAUUUCUUCUUUUUUUUUUUUUUUUUUUUGCUGGUUCAACACACUUUUUGAGGGUUUGGGAACGGAAGAGCCCCGCAGAAGCUUUAUGAGUUGAGAGCGUUCCGGCCAAUGCAAUAAAGCGUGUUCAGAAUGUCAGACUCGGCUCUUUCCGUCUCCACCGCUCGAGGCCGCACGGCCCUCCGCACGCCCGGCCUCCUGCGUCGGUCACGAGGCCGACUCAGACUCCGCAGACACUCGUGAGCAGAAAGCCAGUCCUUUUCUCUCUCACUGGUGGCAAGUCCGGCGCCCUUGUGCUUGGUGCCGCUAGACACCGUGACCCUUGUGACAUCUGGGGACCGGGCUGCUUUGUCCGACGUGGCCAGCGGAGGGUCUGCCGGCUGUCGAGCGAUCGGUCACAUGCGGGACCAAGGGCCUGCGGCGGUUCGCUGCGACCUUUGGGAGACGGGGGCACGUCCCCGAGCCCGCUCCGGAGCCGAGUGGUCUCCAGUCCCUGAAGGGAUGUGUUCCCGCUGGCAUACGCGUGACGGGGGUUCACAAGGCCAUGGUGGUGUGUGCGAGUGGGGCUCGCCCGCCUCCGGGUGGCCCUGCACGACCACGGCCUUGCCCCUUGUGUUCCACUGGGCUCCUGCACGCUGUGGACACCCGCUGUCCUUAGCAGUCUGUUGCGGCCGUAACAUCAGCGUGCGUUGCACAGACACCACUUGUUUUCCUCCGGCCCCCUUGUUAUGAGUAGCGUCUCGGCCCUUCCCAUUGUGUCCCCAUUCUUUGAAGCACGUCACAUGCUCCCCGACGGGGCCGACGGCUCUGUGAGUCCAGGGACGAAUAAGCUGGCUGCUGCGGCUCGGCCCCAGGAGCGGCGCCGUGCUCGUGCCUGAGAGGAGGACCCCGGACUGGACUGUGCGACUGCAGGGACCACAGGGGCCCACGACUCGACCUGUAGCCCAACCUCAACACGCCCGUGUGUCUGUCCAUCCAUUGCCUGCAGCGCUGCGGGACGCCCAGACGCUGACGCCGCCGCCGCCGCUUCCCUGUGCGCUAACCUCUGCAUGUGAAAACCUCACCGUGACUGAACUCUGUACAUAUGUGGAUUUUUUUAUUUAGGUGGAUGCAUUUCCGUCUGUUUACUGCUCUUCUCAGCUUUAUUCAAUAAACUUGCAUUUUGAGGGUUGUAUCGACA